GUGUGUGGCUGCUUGGUGAUGGCGAGGUGCAGGGAGCCACGGCUGUGGCCCCAUCUCUGGGUGUUUGGGGUUGAGGACACAGCCUGGGCACUGCCACCCAUCCCCCUGCUUUUGCAGCCCCCACCCCAAGCAGAGCCAUCCCUGCAGCAUCCCAUGCUUGCAGUGGAUGCCACUGGAUGUCACCCUUGUGCUGUGUGUGCCCAUGCCGGCCCCACGCCUGUCCCCACAGCCACCCUCACCCCACACACGUGUGUGCACACACAUGCACAGCCCCCAGCCUUGGCCCCUGGGGAUUUCUCAACCCCUGCUGAGGGAGAAGAGGAGCCCAUCCAGAGCAAACCUGGCAAUGGGGAAAGGGCUCCGAGGCUGGGCCCCCUCCCUGCGGCCGCACCACCACUGACCUUUGCACAAGCGGCCGUUGGAGAGGAUAUAAAGUCAGAACUUGGGGCAGCCCCCACUGAGCAAAGCCAAAGCACAGCGUGGCCAGCCAUGAAGGUCUCCAUCCUGCUCCUGCUCAUCUGCACGGCCAUCCUGGCGGUGGGAGCACGAGCUGAUGCUCCCGAUAAGACGGACGUGGUGGUGAAGAAGGUGCAGGAGUACGUCAAGCAAGCCACUGAGGCAGUCAAGACGGCCUUCACCACAGUGCAUGAGUCAGAGGCAGCUCAGCAAGCCAGGAGGUGGCUGUCAGACAAUGCCAACCUGGUGAAGCAGCAGCUGGCACGGCUGAAGGAGCAGCUGGCUGAACUCUGGAAGCUGACGCCGACCGCGUAGCCCGGCUGUGGGCUGGUGGGGGCUGACUGGGUGCGGGUCCUGUCCCCCAUCCCACACACAGCACCAUUUUCCUUUUGUUGUGGUUCUUGAAAUAAAGUGGAG